AUUUAUACAAGUUUUAUACAUAAAGAGGAUAUACACUAAACAAGAAUACCAUGGCUACCGGAGGAAUGGAUGAAAACAUUCUGGAAUGUGGUAGUGACAUCGUCGGCGGAAGAAUCGGGAGCAAGUGUGAACCUUGUCGUCGUCAGAACAGGUCAGAGGUGGCUUCGUUGUUCUGUAAUACAUGCAAGGAAUAUCUAUGCGACGACUGCUGUGUUGUACACAAGAUAUACAUAAAAAACGUAGCUGAUCAUCAUAUCGUUGCUGCCCAUGAAGCCUGUGGCAAGCCAAAUGUCGAUAUGAAGGGAUUGGAUCAGUGUUGCGAACAUAAACGAGUGUUCAUGUUUCACUGUGAGGACCACGAAGAUUUGUGUUGUGAAAUAUGUGCCUUUUCUCGUCAUCGUCGUAGAUGUGAUAAUAUCCAGGAAAUAGAAAUGGUCGCUAAUAAUGUGAAAGAUGAUGAUAGAGAAACGAUACGUGCAUCCAUUAUUACUGCCUCAGAAGUUAUAAUAAAAUGCAAGGAGGAUCAAUUGAACAAUGUUUCGCGAGAAGAAUUAUUAACGAAAAUUGAGGAAGCCAAGGCGCGAAUUGUCAGUGAAAUAACUAACCAUAACACACAGGAAGACGAACGUCUAAAUACGAGGAGAAAUGCGGCUGAAAACCUGAAGAAAGAACUUGACACGCAUUUAGCAAUGUCAGAUAGCGUUCGCGAGAAUGGAACGGAAACGGAAAUAUUCAUUCUAAACCAUAUUCUCAAAAGGAUGCAAGACAAGGCAGCACAAACACUGAACACUUUUUUGAAGAAUGAUUACACCGUCAAAGUGGGACUAAAAAUCCACGAAAACAUUUUAAAAAUAAAAACUACUGAUUUCUCAUUAUUCUCAUUAAAUAAAACACUAGAGUCAAAAGCACAAUCAUUAAAUGAAGACGAUAUAAUGAAAACAGCAAAACGCUCUAUAGACGAGAAACAAACAAUGCAACACUGGCCGGUGAGUCUGAGCCCGUUGAAAACCAUUGCGCUCGUGAAAACAGGAGACGAGAAGAACCAGCCGUUAGUUACUGGGCUUGACUUCCUGCGGGACGGGAGAAUCAUCGCCAUUGAUAACUGGAACUGGAAAUGUUUUAUUUUGAGUGAUACACUGAAGAGGUUCGACGCAUUUUAUAAAUUUAAGACAUAUCCUAAUGACGUGACGUCGUACUCUGGAAACAAUAUUGCAGUAACCGUCAGUUCCGGAGAUAUCCGAACCAUCUGCCUGCUGACAGUGUCCAGUGACAACAAGUUCACGCUGAUGAAGACGCUGACCAUGUCAACCAGAUGCUUCUCCAUCUGUCAACUGAACGACCGCACGUUUGUAGUGAGCAGUUUUAACGAUCCGCGGCCUUCCAGGAUGAUUGACGUGGACGGCAAAGAGAGCGACUUUGAUAACGUGAAGUUUCCUGGAAAGACGUAUAAGUUGGAAGAAAGUAAAUGUACCUACAUACCAUCCCGGGAUGUUCUUGUCCUUACUGACAAGCAUGCUCACACCGUGUAUAUGUACAACACGGCGACCGGCAAGAGCAGCGAGGUAAAGGAUUUCCGUAUACGAGAACCCAGAGGCGCAUUUGCUGGCCCAGAUCAAUCCGUAUUUGUUUGCAGUGGGAAAACAAACUCCAUCAUCCAGAUAUCGCCCGACGGGGACAUAUUGGCGUCAUGUGACGUGGACAAGAAGUAUCCGUACGCCGUUGCCGUCUCCAGUGAUGGCUCGAGAAUGGCCGUGACCAACAAUAAGGGCGACGUGAAGAAACUGAAACUGUUUAAAAUAAUACAAUAAAACUACAUUUUUAAGAUCGGAUAUAAAUGUUAAGUAGUGUAUAUUUUAAAAGUUAAUAUAUCUUUCUGUUUGAAUUGGCGAAUAGUUUGUUAGUAAGAUUCUUGUAGUUAUAAAAUGCAUUUUCAAAACAAAGACUAUUAUUUGUCUUGUAUUUAUAUGUUUAUAAGAUAAAUGUUUCUAAAUAUAAUUGAUUUAAUAAUGAUGAAACACACCUAGGAGAGACUAUCGCACUUAGAUUCGAACACAAAUCCUAACAUUCUUAAUGAAACGCCAUACUAUUGUAUUUUCUGAAGUGUACGAGAAACUUUAACAAUCAAAAUACAUGUCCUAAAUAGAAAAACAUAUUUUUCAACUGUGAUGUAUUAUUGUAUUGCAUGUGUAAGUAUACUAUCAGUUUUAAGGUGCGAGUGGUUCAGGAUGCUGAUGUUGCUACUUAAGUUAUAUUAAACUCGCGCUUCCCGUUCGUUUAUCAUUUCAAUCACCAUGGUAGUGAUUGCAUGACUUAUGGUUGAAUUCCAGGUUAUUAUGCUAAUAAUAAUAUCAUGUCAUAGAAUAUAUUUUAUAGUAUUCAUUUAACAGUUUUGCACAUUUCAAUUUUCUUAGCCUAUACAAUUAACUUUUAAUCUAUAACUCAUGAUUUCACUCUUGUUUAGCACGUGAUUGUACCCCUUAUAAGCUCCUGAUUUUACUCCUAAUAAGCUCCCGAUUUCACUGCUGUAAAGCUCUUGAUUUCACUCCUGUUAAGGUUCUGAUUUCACUCCUGUUAAACUCAUAAUUUCAAUCAUGUUAAGCUCCAGAUUUAACUCCUAAAAAGCUCCUGUUUCCUGAUUUCACUCCUGUUAAGCUCCUGAUUUCACUCAUGCUAAGCUCCUGAUUUCACUGCUGUUAAGCUCUUGAUUUCAAUACUGUUAAGUUUCUAAUUUCAUUCCUGUUAAACUCCUGAUUUCAAUCCU